AUGGCUAUUUCAAUGCCCAAUGUUGAGCAACAGCUAAGGCAUAAGAAGCAUUACAGGGUUGCGACCCUUGAUCCUAAUUUCAAAAAGCUUUCCAUAGAUUCCAUUGUUUCAGCAUACUCAAUGGCUAAGAGCAGAGCCAUACUACUAGACUAUGACGGCACCGUCAUGCCUCAAACUUCCAUAAACAAGACUCCGAGUCACCAGGUUAUCUCCAUUCUAAACACACUUUGUGGGGAUGAUAAGAAUACAGUCUUCAUUGUUAGUGGAAGAGGUAGAGAGAGUUUGGGAACAUGGUUUUCUCCAUAUGAGAAGCUUGGGAUUGCUGCCGAACAUGGCUACUUCUUGAGGUGGUCAUCUGAUGACGAAUGGAAAAUCUGUGGCCAGAGUGACGAUUUUGGGUGGAUGGAGAUAGCUGAGCCAAGUUUUCUUCGAUUAACCAAUGGAGAAGAAGGGUUCAGAGGAAACUCGAAUCCGGGUGACCGUGAGAUCGUGAUUCGUGAGACCGUGACUCCGUGA